UUCACCCGCGACUCAACAGUCCGCGCGGAACGGCCUGCGCACGCGCACGCUUCGAACCCGUCGAUGCGACGAUCGCCCGCGUCGUAAAUACGUGCCCGUUACGAACUGUGUUUCAUAACUGUGAUUGUUUAUUUUUCUAAUUUACACCAUUUCGGACGCACACGGCCAACGACUCUGCAUAGAGAUAACGAACGCAGUCUUCGAUGCCGCCCUUGUUAAGGGUGCGUUCCAUACGAGACGUCAAAUAAAUCGAGUUAAGUCGACGAUGUGACGAACUGGCCACUCCCGCCGACAUCUUCGUUUUACGGCCUAUCGAACGUGUUUCAAAAGUUAUUUAUCAGAGUUAAAAUGGCGUUGUUAUGGUGUGUGGUGGCAUGCGCGCUGACGGUUGCGCAUGCGCAGUCCAAUUAUGGAUCUCAGGCGAACAACAUAGAGUAUCAGGGUGAUCGGCUCCCCGAACAAACUGUACUUGACGGGAAGGUGACAAAACUAGACGACUUGAGUCCAGUGAUCUUCCUGAACAGGACUAAAGCGGUUCUCAACUGCGCUGCCGGCGCUAUGCAGAUCGAGUUAAAGUUUAACGAGAAAUUCUACGGCAUCGCAUACGCGGACUUCGACAGACAUUCGGCAUGUCAGGUGGUCGGCAAGGGCGCGCUCUCUUACAAACUUGAGCUGCCUUUGAAAGGAUGUGGGACGAAACAGGAUCCCCUACGCGUGUUCACAAACAACAUCGUGGUGCGGUUCCACCCGGGGCUGGAGAUGGAUGGUGACGAGGUGAUCACCAUCGUGUGCCGCUACCCGCCGCCCAUCGUCUCCAAGCCUAUUUUCAACCCGCUCAUUUUGCCAGCAGAGAGCGGUCCCCUGCCAGCGAAGGCUCCUCUGGCCGGCACGCACAUCCUGAUGAUAAUCUGCGCGAUCUUGUUCCUGACGAUGCUGCUGCUGGGGCUGGGUGUGUCGUACUUGUGUCUGCGCAGGCGCGCGUUGCCCGCGCCGCGCCGACUCAUCGACGAUUCCUCCGCCUCUAUCAUUAGCAGGGAGAGCAUACAGGAAGUGAAGAUCCCCCGCGCGCACCCCGUGUACCCCGCGGGCGAGGCGGCGAGCGUGGCGUCCGACACCAUCCCGUCGGACUACCCGUCCGAGACGCCGAGCGAGGCCGACGCCGCGCACACCAACCACGCCUUCAUGAUGGACGAGAGCUACCACAGCGAAGGGUACGGGGAGAUGGUGGAGACGAGCGCGUCUAACGGUCGCAUGGUGUCAGGCGCGCCGCCCGCGUUCGACGUGCGCGUGCGCGUGCAGCGCCCGCCCGCGCCGCCCUCGCCGCACUCCACCAUCACGCUCACCGAGACCGAUGGAGGCAGCAUGAGACACACGGUGGAGGAGCAGGCGCGCGGUCAGUCAGUGCGCACGGUGUCGCCGGUGUCGCUGCCGCUGCCGGCGCGCGCGGCGCUGCUCCCGCCGCCCGAGCGCCCGCCGCGCCCCGCGCGCCCCGCACACCACCCCGCACACCCCGCGCUAUACUCGCACGUCGCGAGGGACAAACAGGAGUGGUCUCGGCGCCCGCGGUCCAUCGUCUCGCUCAACACAGAGAUGACGGACACACACUCCGUCACCGAGGUCACGGACGGAUCGCACGCGAGGAUGUUCCAUCUCAAGAAACCCGCGCCGCCCCCGCCGGUGAUGAACGAGCGGCUGGAGACGGAGGAGCACGAGAUGAUGAUGGAGAGCCUCGAGCCGUUGCCCGAGACGCCUAUCAUGCCAGCCAGAAAACCAGAGAUCACAUCUCACGUGGUUGACGACGUGUUCCUGCGCACAAUCACCGAGAAGAAGACUAUUGAAGAUAUCGAGCGUCAUAAGCGCCUUGUGACUGAGUAUAAACAGGUGCCAGCCCCGCCGCCGCAGUUCGACGUGAUGAUCCGCAACCACACCGUGCCGGACGCGCAGUGGGAGAACUUCUCCGACAUCAGCAGCGCCUCCGGACUCACUCUCACGCCCAAGAUGGAGCGCGUGCCCUUCUCACUGCCGCCGCAGAAGAUUAUCGGAAAAGGCGGUCCAGAUCUCUUCUCUCCAGAAUUAAUCAAGCAGACGAGCAACGUGUACCAGCCGCCGUCUCACGGAGACCUGCCACUGCUGCCCGAGUUGCCUCCCGCACGCAACCCUCUGUACCGCGAGGAGGACGACGAGGACGUGCCCGAGCCCACGCCGAUGCCGCCAGUGCCGCCAAACUGGACCGUGCUCACUAGAGUGCUGAAGACCGAAGCGCAGGACGAGGUGCUGUCGGAGUCGGAGCGCAGCGUGCGGCUGACGCGCGCGGAGCGGCUCCGCUGGCGCGCGGUGCUGACGCACGAGAGCGCGCUGCGCCGCGAGCUGGCGCGCUCCGUCACGCGCGAGGAGUUCACGCGCGUCGCCACCGACCGCCGCUUCGCGCAGCUCUACGAGCCGCCCAAGUGGGACGUCAUCAUCCGCAUACUGGCGCCGCCAACAGAUAAACCCAAGAACCGGUACCGCAAGAAGACGGAGUGGGACUCGCGGUCGCGGCGCAGCUCGCUGCCGACGCUGUACGAGUACGACAGUGACGCGGCGUCGCUGCGGGAGCCGCCGCGCUCGCGCCGCUCCUCCUACCGCAGCGACCACGUCGACAUGAGGUCAAUGUCUGAGAUGAUGGUGGACUAUGCGCGGGAGCAAGCUGACACGCACUCGGAGGUGUCGGCGGGUACGCAGCUCGGCCGCUACUACGACGACGACAGCGACACAGAGCAUCCGUUCCACCAGAGCCAGCCGUGGUCGCGUCACUCGCUGCACCGCUCCGUGAGCCAGCCCUCCCUCGCGCGCUCCAACACGGAGGUCGUGGAGCAGUGGACCGCGCCUGAGGGAGACGUCACUCCCACCCCGGGACGCAGGGUCAGAGGUCCUCAAGGUCUUACAACGUUCACAACAUCAGAAGUACGAACAUUCCAAGCGUCUACCAGAGAAUGGCGUCAAUAAAACAUCGAAAUUUAAUACAAUUAUAAAGUAAACCUGAAGUAGUUCGCUCGGGUGCCGCUAGAUGGCGGUAAAAUAAAUUUGUAACAAAUUUACAAAAUAUUUGAAUUGACGCGAAUGCUCAAGAUAUUGAAGUGAUAUUUUCACUGCCUUAUGAAGUUAUUUCAUAUGUUUCGUGUUGACGGCAAUCUCGUAAUAUCUUGUGACUAAUAUUAAGCGAUUUAGACGAAACAAUUUACUUCAACUUUUGCUUUUAUACAUGCCGUCUUUACCAUUAUUAUAUGAAAAUAUAUAAUAAUAUUAAUUUAGUUCAAAAUAUUUUCAAUAGAAUUUAACGACUAACAUUGUGCCAAAAUAAUUUUCUAAAUAUCGCUUCUUAACACUGGUUUUCAAGUUUUAAAUUUAUUUUAAGCUUUUUUUCUGGAAAUGCGAAAAUGGCGUGUAAAGUAUAAAUAAUUCGUUACCACCUCGUAUAAAGUAGUCGAUUGUAUCGAUAAUCGAAUAGUAAGAUUGUUUUAACGCUUUUCGGCAUCAUUACUUUCAUUUUAUUAAAAACACUUUUGCGUGAACACGUAGAGUUAUACCUACCUAUAAUAUGUACUCACUUAAUUAUGAUUUUUUAGGAAUUUCAUAUUUCUACUAUUACUUUUAUGUUUAAUAAAAUCAACGCGUUCCACCUUAAAAAUAAAGGUACAACGGAUGAUUUUUUUAAAUAUUAAAAUAAAAUCUAAAUAAAUAUCCGGCAGUUUACGCAAAACUGUUAAUUAGUUGUAAAUAUAAUUAAUGUUAAGCGAGUGAGUAUUAGCCUAGCAGUCGUGGCAAGGUCGUCGGCGCCGUUGCCUCCAUUGCUACGCCGAGCGGGACACACGGCAAA